UCAAGCAGACGCUCGCUGCUCCUGCGGCUGUGUAGAGGGAGAUCAGCUGCAGACGGGGCCGAACACGGGGCCCACAGGAGGAACCACAGACCACAGACAGGGAACACAGACCACAGACAGUGACAGCAGGAGGAACCCAGACCACAGACGGGGCCCACAGAGCACAGACGGGGCCACAGACCACAGACAGCGCCAGCAGGAGGAACCACAGACCACAGACAAGGUCCACAGAACACAGACAGGGCAUCAGGAGGGCAGCAGCAGGACCCCCGCUCAGUGAGAUGGGUGUCUCAUCUAGCCGUUUGCCCUGCCAGCCUCCAGCAUCCACGCACUUGCCCACCCCGGAGCCCCAGCACAGCCCACCCCUCGUCCACGGGGCCCCGGAUCCCCAGCACAGCCCGUCCCUCGCCCAUGGGACCAUGGAGCCCCAGCACAGCCCGUCUCUUGUCCACGGGGCCCCAGAGCCCCAGUACAGCCCAUCCCAGUACAGCCCGUCCCUUACCCACGAAGCCCUGGAGCAGCUGCCCACACUGGAGCGGCUGGCACAGGCCACGGGCGGCACAGAGGAGUCCUGGCGCCGCUGCGUGCUGCCCUGCGGGCUGAUCUCACUGGUCAUGGGUGCGGCGGGCACCGGCGUCACCUUCACCUUCAACACACUGCAGCACACCAGGGUGGCAUCGCUGGCACUGCUGACACUGGGCACCGGGGCACUGCUGCUGGCCACCGGCUGCUGGAGGAGGAGUAGGAGGAGGAGGAAGCAGGAGGACAUGCUCUAACACACCUGCAGGAGAGCUGAGUGUGUGUGUGUGUGUGUGUGUGUGUGUGUGUGUGUGUGUAUGUGUGUGCGUGUGUGUGUGUGUGUGUGUGCGUGUGCGUGUGCGUGUGCGUGUGUGUGUGUGUGUGUGUGUGUGUGUGUGUGUGUGUGUGUGUGUGUGUGUGUGCGUGUGCGUGUGCGUGUGUGUGUGUGUGUGUGUGUGUGUGUAUGUGUGUGUGUGUGUGUGUGUGUCUGUGAUAGCCUCACCUGCACACUGUAGCACAGAUUAGCAUCAGAGCUCUUCUGCUGAUGGUAGCAGUGACCGGCGUCCGUCAGUCGAGUGUGAAGUUUACCGACAGCAGUGAUGUAGAGCUGCAGAGCGCUGUGGAGAUGAGCAUGUCCUCACACUGCUUAUGCAGUCAGAUCAGUGUUCCUCGACUGUUAGCAUGUAGAUGUGUCUGGUGCUGUGUGUGUGAUAUAUUUUAUUAUAUAUGCAUAUUUUUGGAGAUUUCCCUGUGAGUUAAACUGACGGCUGUGUGUAGGUGUACUCCAGUGCCUGUAUUUAAUAGUAUCCGAAUACUUUUGUAUCUCUCAGCUUUUGCUCUUGUGAUCAGUGUUCUGGUUUUUAAAACAGGAUUAUUAGUGUCCUGAGCGACAGACACUGUGUGUGUGUGUGUGUGUGUGUGUGUCUUCACCCUCAAGAGCAUCUAGAGGGAGGAGGAGUCAGUGAGGACAGCUGUGAUUGGCUGGUUUGGGGAGGAGGCAGGGCCUUCAGGAGUGUUCAUUAAGAAAAACUGCAGGAACAACAGCGCAUGCUCAGAAUAAACCUGCCUGUGUGGAGCUGAGAUGCUGUCUGUCACACACACACACACACACACACACAGAGGGAACAUCAUCCUGUGCUGGUUCUGCUCUCCAUUUUCAGCUGGAGGACACACAGAUCUACCUCACUCAUGGCACAGGCCAGCGCUGGAUGAUUUAUUCUCAUGCGGCUGAAAUUAUGCAAGACAUGCUCAAGAGUAAGAGUGCACAUUAGCUUCAACAUUAUUCAGCCAGUGAAACGGCCAGCAUCUGAUUAAUUCAGACACUUCAGCUCUGAGCUAACAGACGCUCGGCUUCAGCCUUUUAUAUGUGGCAGAUGUAGAUCAGAGCUGUGCAUAUUGACUCUAUAUCUCGUCUAUAGAUGUCAUUAAACUUUCUGUUUUACACUGAUGAAGGACUGUAAUAAAUGGCAGAGUGUAACGUCUAAUCAAACUGGGUCAGUUUCAUUCUUACUUACCCCAUCAGGCCUGGACUAUAGUUAUAAAACACCAAUAACAUCAUGAAGAAACUGUGAAGAAUGCUGCAGCUGC